AUGUCUGUAAAUUCUGAAUAUGGGAAAGAUUUUGAAAAUAAUGCUAAUCUUUCUGUGCACAAAGAAAUUCAAAAAGAUGAAUUGUCAUUUUUAUGUUCUGAAAGAGAGAAAACUUUUAAUGUGAUAUCAAGUGUUGCUGAAAAUCUGAGAAAUCAAACAGGACAAAAUACAUAUUCAUGUUUAGAAUGUGGGAAGUGUUUCAGAAACAGUUCAAGUCUUGGGGCGCAUCAGAGAAUUCACACAGGAGUAAAGGCAUUUUCAUGUCCUGAAUGUGGGAAAUGUUUCAAUCUGAAAGCAUAUCUUAAUAAACAUCUGAGAGCUCACACAGGAGAGAAGCCAUAUCCAUGUUCUGAAUGUGAGAAAUGUUUUAAUAGGAAAGAACAUCUUCAUACACAUCUGAGAACUCACACAGGAGAGAAACCAUAUUCAUGUUCUGAAUGUGAUAAAUGUUUUAAUCAGAAAGUAAGUCUUUAUAAACAUCUGAGAGCUCACACAGGAGAGAAGCCAUAUUCAUGUCCUGAAUGUGGGACAUGUUUUAAUCAGAAAGCACAUCUUAAUAAACAUCUGAGAGCUCACACAGGGGAGAAGCCAUAUCCAUGUUCUGAAUGUGAGAAAUGUUUUAGUAGGAAAGAACUUCUUGAUACACAUCUGAGAACUCACACAGGAGAGAAACCAUAUUCAUGUCCUGAAUGUGAGAAAUGUUUUGCUUAUAAAUCAACUUAUAAAAUACAUCAGAAAAUGCAUACAGGAGAGAAACCAUUGCCAUGUCCUGUAUGUGAGAAAUGUUUUACUCAGAAAGAAAGUCUUGAUACACAUCUGAGAAUUCAUACAGGAGAGAAACCAUUUUCAUGCACUGAAUGUGGAAAGUGUUUUACUGAGAAAUCAAGUUUUGGAAGACACCUAAGAAGUCACACAAGAGAGAAGCCUAUUUAA